UCAACAAUGAUGGUGCUUAUGGUACAGGUUUCCUAUCAGUUUGGAUUCCGGUUGUAGUUUUAUUUAUUUAUUUAUUUCUUAGCGAUACGUGGUCUCAGACGGAGAAAUGGAUGCCAGAGACAAGCAAGUACUUCGCUCACUGCGUCUGGAGCUGGGUGCUGAGGUACUGGUAGAAGGACUGGUUCUUCAGUACCUUUACCAGGAAGGAAUUUUGACAGAAAACCACAUUCAAGAAAUUAAAGCUCAAACCACAGGCCUCCGCAAGACGAUGCUGUUGCUGGACAUUCUGCCUUCCAGGGGCCCCAGAGCCUUUGACACCUUCCUAGAUUCCCUCCAGGAAUUUCCCUGGGUAAGAGAGAAGCUGGAGAAGGCAAGAGAGGAAGCCACAGCUGAGCUGCCUACAGGUGACUGGAUGUCUGGGAUCCCUUCACAUAUCCUCAACAGCUCCCCUUCAGACCGGCAGAUUAACCAGCUGGCCCAGAAGCUAGGCCCAGAGUGGGAGCCCGUGGUGCUGUCUCUGGGACUGUCCCAGACUGACAUCUACCGCUGCAAGGCCAACCAUCCCCACAACGUGCAGUCCCAGGUGGUGGAAGCCUUUGUCCGCUGGCGCCAGCGUUACGGGAAGCAGGCUACCUUCCUAAGCUUACACAAGGGCCUCCAGGCAGUGGAGGCUGACCCCUGCCUGCUCCAGUACAUGCUGGAGUGACCUGAGCCCUGCCACUUGCUGGGGGGGUGGGUUCCCAAGUCACACAGGCUGAACCGGACUUCAUUCAGCAGGUAGCUUUGUUCUGGGUGCGUGUUUUCUUUUCAGUGAUCCUUAGAUGGAAAGAGAACAUCUGGCUUCUACUCAAGAUCACGCAGCAGAUCUCCCAGGCUGGCUCAACAAUCCAUCGGCUUUAAUUGCUUGAAGACUGCAUUGUUGUAACUACAGCUCUGAACUUCGUGGUUCCCCUUUAAAGAGGCUAGAAAAACCACAGCCCCCCCCCCCCCCAAAAAAAAAACUCAUGCUACAGCAUUGCAUGCAGGUGUUACAGGUGUCCUGCAUACAAGGCAGCCACGCUAACGUUGCCUGGAGACUGGACUGUGGACUUAGCUCUUCACAAUGAUGAUAAUAAUAAAAAGUGAAUUGUG